AUGGCCAAGCCCCUGCGCCAGGCGCGGGCCGUGGCGCGGCUGGUGUUCAACUGGUUCCGCCACGACCUGCCCGAGAUUGUGGCCCCCUCCUCCAUGCCAGACCCGCCUGGCAUCAAGCGGCCGCCACGCAAGACGCGCGCCGAAAUGCAGGCGCUGUUCCUGCGAGCGUGCCGGAGGUACGUCGAGACGUGGGACUCCAAGAAGAUGCAGGCGCAGCGCGCAGCGCGGGAGCAGGAGCACACGACGGAGCGGGCGGUGCGGCGGCAGGUGGAGGGGCCCACCCUGGCUGAGGAGUUCGCCGCGGCGGCCAAGGGCGGCGGCCAGGCGCUCAAGCCCUUCCUAGCCAGCCUGUACCAGACGCGGGCGGAGGCGUACAGGGACGCUGUGCAGCAGUUUGUGGGGGGAUACAAGCAGGGGUUCCAGCAGGCCAUGCGCCCCCAGGUGCCACCAGAUGUUGUGGGGGAGAUGGCGGCAGGCGGGAAGGCAGCAGCAGCAGAGACGGGAGGGGCCGUGGCAGCUGAUGCAGGAACGGCGCACCUGGCACCAGCCCAGGCCACCACGAGCAGCAGCAGCAGCAGCACUACAGCAGCAGCGGAUGAACCAGCAGGGACAGCACAAGCACAGCGAGAAGGCUUGCACAGCACAGCAGCGGAGCAAGCAGGGCCGUCGGCCAGCCAGCAGCUGCCGGAGCCACCCGACGAGGCGCCAGGACAGCAGCAGGAGCAGCAGCCGGCCGGCAGCAGCAAACCUCCAGCUGUCGGUGCGGGCCCGGCGGCCUGA